GCUCGGUACAAGCUACUGCGAGCAGCUGCAACAGAACACUUGGUAGGCCUCAGGAGAUACGACACUACUGUUGCAUCAAUAUUUGCAAACAGACAGACAUCAUUAACUGUUUCAAAUCGAUUUUGAACGACAACGACAAUCGUAAUUUGUUUUGUUUUUAACAGGCGUCUGGAGGAUAUGAAAAGAAGCUCGUGCAUAAUACCUGCGAACUAGCCCGCUAGCCAAAGUUAGCGGACUGGACUGUGCUAGGGUUAGGAAACUUUUUAUAUUGCAGUAAAAAAGCCUGUUGAGCCCGAAGCAACAUUAAUCUUGUCAAAUAAACCCGUGACUGCAGAUAAAUUAUGAAUAUGUGAGAGAAUCAUUUAAUGACGGAUGAUAAUGGAUUUGGAUUAUGCAGAAGAUCACGUGUAGUCAGUCAUUUGUUGCAGUUGCAGUGUUGUUAGUAUAUAAAGGUUGUUGCUAAAGCGGUAGUGUUCCACUUAAAGUCAUGCAAACUUCAGGAUUCAGGAGUUAUGUUUUAUGCUUUUCUUUUUUACAAUAAAGUAAUGAUUAGUCCAGAGACUGCCAUGGGCGGAGGCAAAUGCUGGAAACCACAAUCUAAACUUUGUUCCCAUAAAAACUCUUGGAUAAUUUGCAAGUGAUGCACGGACUCCAGUUGAGCUGUACUCGGCCAUGGAAAAAAGAGAGGAAAAGGAGCUGGACGAGCUCACCCUCCGCUUGCAGAGAGACGGUGUGUCCCCUGAGGCUCCAGCAGAGGAGCGUGAGCUGCACCUGUGGCGUUUGCUCCAGCGCAACGAGGACAGCCUGACCGCUGCCACUGAAGACCUGCUGACUUUACGCACACAGCAGGCCAGCGAGAUGAGAGAGGUGGAAAAUUAUGUGGAGCAUAUUCGAAACAUGCUUGAGGAGCGGGAAUCUCUUGCAGCGGAGUACGAACGUGACAACGAACAGCUCCGUGCUGAGCUCGCCCUAAUGAAACACCAACAGGACUCGCAGUGUAAGGAGGUGGUGGAGAUGCUGGAGCAGGAGGGUUUAGCAGAGAUCAGUCAGAGCAGUGCCAGUGAGCAGGUGGCCUAUCUGCUGGUGGAGAGAGUCACUCUCCUGGAGAGACUGGAGGCUGCGGAAAGAAAACUGGACACCCAGACCCUCACUGGCAACCUCAGAGAGGUGCAUCUGCAGGAAGAGCUGGAUCAUAUGCGCCACACAUUGGAAGAGGAACUCAGGCAGCAAAAGGAAAGUAUGAAUAAGGAAUCAUCAGUUCAAAGUCCUUGGAGGAAGUUCUUUGGUGUGCACAAGGCUACACUAAGAGCACAGAACCUUCCUGGCCACAGUGAAGAACUCAGUAGAGAACGCACAGAUAGCCAGAGGCUGGAGAGGGAUCUGGAAGAGGCAUCGAGUCGUCUUGCUAUGGCACAUAAAGAGAUUCGCCACCUGACGGAUGAACUAGAUCUCGCUCGUAAGGUCCAAAACUCGUGUGUACCUGACCUGCAGAAAACCGGGGAGGAAGUGGAGCAGUUGAAACAGGAAGUGGACAAGCUUAAACAGUGUGAUAUGGUGGAGCUGCAGAAGGCCAAGGAACGCAAUGAAAGACUGGAUAGUGAGAUUCGUGUGCUAAGGGAUAGAGUUCGUUCCCUGGACACAGAGAGGAGGACUCUUCUUAAACUGGUUGAACAAUCAAAGCUGCACUUGGAUCAAGGGAUCAGCGUAACUUUAGAACACAAUAAAAUACACUCUACACAGGGUGUUGGGAAUAAUGUCAAUCCUGAUCCAUCACUGGAUGUAGAGGAUGAGAUACUCCACAAAAGGUGUCGGAGAGAGUCUGAAGAUAAGGACAGCCGUCUGCGAGAGCUGGAGAGGAGGUUGCAGAAGCAGCAGCGUGAGCAUGAGGAGCUCGUGGAGAGGAAUGAGGAGCUGGAGGCGCUGUUGGGGGAGGCGCAGAACGCAGCGAAAGAGGAGCGGGAGCGACAUGAGUGUGAGAUAGAGGUGUUACAGAGAAAGAUUAAAAGUAUUGAGGAAGAACUGAGUAAGCGAAAUAGUAAGAAACUUGAGAAGAAAGAUGAAGAUCAGCUUAGCGAGAACAUUCAAGACAGACUUAAGUUCCUCGAGGGACGUCUUGCUGAAGAAAAAGGUUGGAGGAAACAGCUGGAGGUGGAUCUAUCGGUAACCAAGGUUGCUCUCAAAACGGAAAAAGAGGUUAUGCAAAGAGAUCACGGGGAGCUGAAGAAAUUACGUGUGGAGGUCCAGAGACUAGAGGUAGAAUGUCAACAAGGAAAGACACUUAACAAGAACCUCACACAGAUUAAAGGAGAAAAGGGAAUUUUGGAAGAAAAGGUGUCCCAGUUGGAGCGUGCUCAGACACGACUCCAGGACAACCUGACCCUUCAGACAGAGAACAGCCGGGCUGAACAGGACCUGAGAGACAGCAGGGGACAGGUGGCAGAGCUUAAUUCUAUGGUGGACAAGCUGAGAACAGAAUUGACUCGACUAGAGAAGGAGCACAGCACUCUAAGGGAUGAGCUGAUGGAGAAGCGUGGGCAUGUGAUGCAGCUACAGAAGGAGCUCAGCGAGAAAGCCCACGAGAGGCUUCAGACUGACGGCGAGAGGGAGAGACUCAGUCUGGAGCUCCUGCAUGUCAAACAGCAGCUCCAGUAUGCUAGAGAGCAGAUGUCCAGAGCAUCACAGGAGCACACGGCCAACCACAAGUCUGCUGCAGAGGAUGAUGGGCAUUGUCAGCUGGCCUGUGUGAAGUCAGAGAUGAGUAAGCUACACUCCACCCUGGAGCAGGAGAGACAGCUGGCCGGCCAACACCAGCUGGCCCUGCAGGCCCAGAUCAGUGAAGCUCAGGCCCGGGCUAAGGCUCAAGACUCACUCCUACAACAGAAGGGAGAGGAGAACAAACAGCUGAGACAGGACCUUCAGAGAACCCAGCAUCUUUUCACUUCUGCAGAGCGAGAGCUACGCUAUGAGAGAGAGAAAAAUCUAGACCUUAAGAGACACAAUGCACUGCUAGACCAGGAGAAGAUCAAGCUGUGUGCAGAGCUGAAGCAGGCCCAGGCCAAAGUAGCCCAGCUGGAGGGGAGCGCAGCAGGACAGGUGGCAGAGCUGGAGAGACUCCAGCAGAGGGUCAGAGAUCUGGAGCUGGAGGUGGCCAGAAGUGCUCAGAACCGACAGACUAACAGCAGCUUGAUGGAGGAGCUUAAUUCAGAGAGAGCACGUGUGAUCACUGCUGACAAGAAGGUUGUAGAACUGCAGCAGCAAAUGAAGAACAUGCUGCACCAGCUACGUCUGGAGGAGGCCAGAGCGGGAGAAUCCAGCAAACUGGAGAGAGACACCAGAGACAUGUCUGAUAACCUGUCUGCCCUCAGAGCCCGACUGCAAGAGGAGCAACUACAGAGAAAAUUACUUGAGCAGAAAGAUGAGGAACUCCAGCAGCAGGUGCGCUCAUUGCGGGCGAACGAGGCGACUCUGACACGCAACAACUCAGAGAUGUCUCACCGCACACAAGAGCUGGAGACACGGCUGCAGGUGCUAGAGAGUGAACUUAACACAGCUAGAGAAGAGCAGAGAAGCAGUCAGAAGAGCUGCCACAGGCUGGAAGAACAUUUGCUGUCUUCCCAGCAUGAGUCUGAGAGACUGCAGGAGGAACUGAAGCUGGUUGUUCAGCAGCUUGACACAAACAUCCGGAGAUACAAUGAGAAACAGUCUCAGCACAAAACCAAGUUGCGCAGAGCUAAACAGGUCUUCAUGAAGACAGUCACCCAACAUGAGCACAGGAUCCAGCAACUAGAGAAUGAUCUGGCUCUUGCUACAAGUCUCUCAGAGAAAGAGAAGGACUGGAUUAGGACUGUGACAGAAGAAAACGACCAGCUCCUCCUGGAGAGACGAGAACUUCUGCAGCGAAUAAGUGAAGCUGAGGAGAUGGGAAAUAAUGGACUGAGAACCGCCACUACUAUCCAGCAGAGAGUUAAAUUCCUGGAGAUGGAGAAUAAACAGCUGCAAGAAAAAACUCUAACACUGGCCAAUCAGAUAGGAAUUUUAGAUCGCGCAUUGAGAAACCUUCAGUCGCUGUGUACGGUCGAGGAGGUCAAGAAAAUGUUUCCUUCUGGAGCUCAUCCUGAUGGCCAGCUGCGAACAUCAACUCCAAGUCUCCAGCCUGGGCUCGGUGACUCAUGGGGAAUAUUGGAUGCCAUUCGCAAAGUCAAUGUGGGUGAGUCUGGAGUGAAGAACCUGGAGAUCUCCUCAUCUGUGCCCGUUUCACAGUCCACUGAGAUAGGCUACCUGAACGUGACCUCACCUGUGGCUCCGAACAGCAGGUUAGAGCAGGAAGAGAGUCUCAGUGCCACAAGCGAUGAGGCCUGAGCGAGUUACGAUGACUGUGAAAUGCCAUUACAAGGUUUGCCAAUCUGAAAAGUCACUGGAUCAGUCAAGGCUUAAAAAUGAGUGAACUGUAAAUGGGUAAAACGCAGACAAAUUGGCACUGUGACAGUCUGUCGUGAUUGGUCUACACUUUAAUUGACUUUAAAGCGAAUGUGAAGAGCUGGAUUUUUGGGUUGAAUUCAGCUGCAUUGCCUUUGUGGCUGACAUAGAGUUAGGCUAGAAGGCCUGAGAUUUUAUAUCAUCCACAAACAUUACACUUCAUUGGAUGCUAUGGUCAGUAGCUUUGUCACAUCUAUAAGAUGCCAUAUGUAUUUUUUUAGACAUUUACCCUAUAAUGGUACGACUGUGGAGAAGCACUCAAAGCACUAUUAAUUUGAUAUUCAGAUGGUACAAUCUGCAGGUGUUUACAACAGAAAUGCACUAUUGCCUUUCGAUAAACGGUAAGUAUUUGAAAUCAAGUGUUUGUAUGUUUUAGUGAGAUUUGGUGUACUUUCGGAACUCUUGCAUGUAUCAGUAGACCUUCUCAUUUUCUGUGCUGGUUUUGGGUGAAAAAACCUGUAUUAAAUGUUACAUGGAGCUCCGAUUACUACACUCUUUGUAGAUAAAAGCAUGUACACUACUGUUCAAAGAUUUGGGGUUAGAAAGUUUUAGUUUUUUUAAGAAAUUAAUACUUUUAUUCAACAAGGACAUGUUAAAUUGAUCAAAAGAACAUCUGAGAGGUGAUGUACUGUACUUUACUCUGUCGGCUGUAUGCAUUGGUCAGCAUCCGUCGGUGCAGUGUAAAUCAGCCUUAGGAGACUAAGGUUGUGCCGAUAGAAUAGAUGAUAGUAUCGUGUAUCGACAGAAGUCAGAGAUAUCACCUGUGGCUGAUGCCUUUGACAAUAUCAAGACGAUUCUAAUUAUUAUUAUCUAAUUAAUAUUAGUGUGUGUUAUAACCAAUCACAUGAUUCUGUUGAUUGUAUGAAUGCAAUGGCCAAUCAGAGGCAUUCAGAUUAGUUAUCGCUGACUGAUUUUUGCUCACUCGCGAAUUCUCUCAUCAUAAAAAACAAAGUGUAGAUGCACAUGCGAUGUAAGUAUAAGAGAUUUAUUCAUCAUACAGUGUAGAUGGCUUCACUGAUUAUAACGGGAGUCAGUGAUUGUUUUUUAAUAAUGUAAAUGUUCUUUGCUCAUUUUCUGUAGCUGUUGUUUGAAUAACUGAGGAAAUGUAAGCGUUAUAAUUAGUAGCUUACAAUGUUUUCAUUCAAUUGUGAUCAUGUUAAAUACAAAUUCAGUCAUAUUAAAAAUAUUUUAUGACAUCCAUAUGCCACUUGAUUUAAAAAGAUAUAAUGUGUAGUUAAUAGAUUACACUAACAUUAGGCUGGUUUUAGGCUUUUAGGAGUUUGUUCACUCUCCGGCUAUGAAACUAAGUAAUUAAAAAAUGAAAUAAAUUAGCACGAUAAUAUCAUGUAUCUGCAAUCUCACAGGCUGACGAUAUAACUAUGAAGCAUAUCGCUCAACGCUAUAGGAGACUAAAAAAAAAAAAUUAUUAAAAAUAUCUUACCAACCUUUUGAAUAGUAGUGUACAUUUGUAAGACAGAGUUUAGAUCACUGUAAAGACAAACGCUAUAAAAGCUUGCUGUAUAUCAUCUUUUCGUUGGAUAGUUGAUCUGUGUCGUUGCUCAGAAUUAUUUUUUGAGAUUAUUUAGUGACUGUAUUUCACACAUACACUAUUUUUUUCCAUUGAGAGUGCAGAAACCACAACCAUGAAAUGUCAAAAUAUUUAUUUAGACCUUAUGUGUAGUAUAUGCUUUAAGUACUAAUGUGAGCAAUGUGGUUGUGAUUUAAUUUAUCAUGGAAAAUGUUGGUCUGCUGGCAUUAAGUUCCACUGAAAAAAAAAAGAAAGAAAAAGAUUUGGCUACUGACAAGAAAAUAGACUUGUUAGCAUUAUCAGCCUUAUGGUAUUGUUGUUUACUUAUGGAAUGGGGUGCAAUGGGAGUUUUAUAGAUUUGUAUAAUAUUUUGCACUCCCUUUGUGUUUUGUACAUAGUCUCAGAGACUGAAUGACCUGUGAUUUGGGAGCAAAGUCAUCUGACAGAGGAGAAUUGUUGUGUCACUUUAAACCAAGUGCAGAGCCAAAUGACAUUCAGCUCCACAUCUGAGGACCUAAUGGGUGGAGCUUGUCCAUAUCAAGCUCCGCCCAUUUGCUCUGCAGUGAGCAGCCUCUGUUUUGAACUGUGGCAAAAGGAUCAAGAUCCUGUAGUUGUGCCUGUACAUUAUGAGAGCAUCGUACAUUGUGUCCUGCUGCUAUACGAUAUUAGGAUGCAACAUUCACAAAAUAUUAACAUAGGGCUCAUGCCAUUUAAACUGCGAAAGACAUAAGUGUACACAAAGCAUGUAUUUUCUUAAUAAACUUAUUUUCAUGAUGA